CACCUCUCCGUCCCCUCAGACAACGUGGUCAUCAACAACACCCACAGCUACUCCAGCCGCUAUCAGCGCAUCCACACCUUCCCUGACGACCGCGACCAUGACAGGGAGGGGGAGGGGGAGUACCAGGAGCCCAGCGCUCUGCUGAGGCCACGGGAUCAGAGAGACAACACAGCCUUGCUGUUAAACAACCCAGCCUAUCACCUGCUCCUGUCAGAUCACAGGAAAAGCUCAAGACCCUCAGUGGUCCCCAGCUCCACACAGGCUCCGGAAAAGAGCCUCAAUGUCCCCCAGGUUUGUGGUCUGGACCUGGACAUGGAGAAAGGUUUCCCCCCCGCCCAGGAGGAGCCUCCGCCCUACCCCGGUGCCCCUCCUUACCCCUCCCUCUCUUCCCCCGUGUCUCCCUCACUUCCCCCCAGCGUCCCUCACUACGCCGAAGCAGACAUCGUGAGCCUGCAGGGCGUCAGCGGUAACAACACCUACGCGGUGCCGGCUUUGGCCUCGUCAAGUCCCGGGGCCGACGCCGCCCCGCUGCCCGAACUGCCCCGCCAGUGUCUCAUCUUCAAGGAGAAACUGGGGGAGGGACAGUUUGGGGAGGUGCACCUGUGUGAAAUCGAGAAUCCUCAAGAUCUGCCCAGCCUGGAGUUUCCCUUCAAUGUAAGGAAAGGUCGCCCUCUUCUGGUGGCUGUCAAGAUACUGCGACCAGAUGCUUCUAAAAAUGCGAGGAACGACUUCCUGAAAGAAGUCAAGAUCCUGUCCCGGCUAAAGGACCCCAACAUCAUCCGUCUGCUGGGGGUGUGUGUGAGCAGCGACCCCCUCUGUAUGGUCACUGAGUACAUGGAGUGUGGAGACCUGAACCAGUACCUGUCACACCGGGUCCUUCUGGACAAGACGGGGCCUUCGCACAACUGCCCAACUAUCAGUUACCCCGCCCUCAUCUCCAUGGCCAGUCAGAUCGCCUCGGGGAUGAAGUUCCUGUCGUCUCUCAACUUUGUGCAUCGGGACCUGGCAACACGCAACUGUCUGGUGGGAGGGGAAAAGGGUGAGAGCGGGGAAGACGCGGGCGGCGAACGUCACAUCAAGAUCGCCGACUUCGGCAUGAGCCGGAACCUGUACGCAGGAGACUACUACAGGAUCCAGGGCCGGGCCGUGCUGCCCAUACGCUGGAUGGCCUGGGAGUGUAUACUCAUGGGGAAGUUCACCACGGCCAGUGACGUGUGGGCCUUCGGUGUGACCCUGUGGGAGAUGCUGAGUGUGUGUCAGGAGCAGCCGUACUCCAACCUGACGGACGAGCAAGUCAUCGACAACGCUGGAGAGUUCUUCAGAGACCAGGGCCGACAGGUGUACCUGACCCGGCCGGCCGUGUGUCCUCAGGGUCUGUACGAGCUCAUGUUGAGCUGCUGGAACAGAGACUGCAAGCUCCGCCCAUCCUUCGCCUACAUCCACUCCUUCCUCACGGAGGACGCCAUGAACAUGGUGUAGAGUCAAGAGGAGCUGAGGUCGGAGGUCAGGCUGGAGCCUUGUCACCUCUGUGGUGGAGGUGCAGAGGGGGAGAAAAAGGGGGAGACGGGGUCACAUCCUUACUUUUCUGUGUGGGGGGUCUGGGGCUGAGACGCUGCUGGUUCAGUUUAGUUCCAUCUUCAGACCCUUAAAGCUAAGCUAAGCUCUGAGCUAAGCUAGAGUUUAGUUUAGGGUAGACUUAGCUAACCUAGUAAUUAGCUACUAGCUUCAGUUCAGUGGUCGGUGGUGGGUGCAGCGUCUGCGUAGGAUCUUUCUCUCCUCUGAAAUACUUUAGGUACGUUGGGUUUUUAUAUGUGACUAGAGUUGAAGAUACAGGAGCUGAACACACGAGUCAGUGACAUCACUUUGCUGCAGAGUCACAGAUCAGGGUCACACUGGAGGUCAAGUGUGUACACACACACACACACACACACACACACAGAUGUCUUAGUUUUCAGUGAAUACAGUCAGAUUAAAAAUCCUUGUUUAUAAAAGUCAGUCACGUGAAGAAAAAUCAUCAGAUUUGAACACACGCCGUGCUGCUGCACCUGGAACACGUUCUUCAUCACAUUGGUUUGGAUGAGACACCUGGAGCCCCGCCCACUUUGUCUGCCCUGUCAUCCAAUCAGUUUGUUCUCAGACACUGAUGUCACAGCACAUCCUUCAAAGAGAGAGAGAAAAAACUGAGGACAGGUUCUGCUGCUGUGACCCCCCCCAGCCCCCAGCCCAACCCCCCAAGAACAGAGAGAGCCCACUGCCAGCCUGAGUGGAGGACGGGACAGACUGUUGUUGUUUUGGUGUUUUCUUUUUCUGGCUCAGAGUCAGAGAGAAAAAGAAAGUUGUAAGAGAAAAAGAAAAAAUUCCAGAGUCAGCUGCACUUUAAAGCCCCACAUUUAUGCCUUUCCCUCCCCAGCCGUGAUAACACCCCCGUCUGCAUAAAAUGAUUUCUGUCCACACGGAUUCUGAUGCAGUUCACCUGCAGUGACGUGAGGGGGCAGUAGAGAUGCAGCACAAAAGUGCUCAAUACGGACAUGAGUUCUUCGGUUUUUCAAGCCCGGCUUGAGUGAAUCAGUGCCGAACUACGGAGCCCCUGAAAGGACAAGGAAGAAAGUGUCUGGCGAACACCUGAAACUUACGGGUGAGCAACAGAAAUGUUUUUAUUUGGGUUUUUAUUUUCCCGCAUUUUUCUUUAGGGGUUAUCAAAUGAUUAUAAAAAAAAAACAUGGACGACACAAUCCCGCCAUCUCAUCACGACAGUUUAGUUCUGGGGGAGUCGUGUGAACUCGUCAACUUAUCUGUCUGCACUAAUGGACCCCAGGUGUUUUCCCGGGACUGUGAGGCCCAGAGAGGGACUGGACCGUCAACUAAUGUCCGGUUCGUGAAGCUAACUGUGGUAGAACCUUCGGAACUCCUGUCGUUCUUCACACACUGUGGUAUAACUGGAACCAUUCGAUCAUUUUUAUAGUUUCUGUUUGUUUGUACUCCCGACUGUUCGACGUCAUUGGUCCUUCUGUUUCUUGAAGCUGAAUUUUAUGGUUUGUAAAUAUUGAGGUCAAAUCGUUAAUUCCCUUUACUAAUAUAUGGAACGAUCUUUGUUACGUUCGGGGUCUUCUGUAUUUCUGUAGAACGCUUGCUACCUUGAAUCAACUGUAAUUCACGGUGUUGUCUAUUUUUGUAGAUGUUUUAAUAAAGUUAACCUUUUCAAAUAAAA